CUGCGGUCUGCGCUGCCGGCGGCGCCCGGAGCCGAGCCCGAGCCCUGCGAGCCGCGGCUUCAGGUCACGCUGGUUGACUGCCCCGGGCACGCCUCCCUCAUCCGGACCAUCAUUGGCGGGGCCCAGAUCAUCGACCUGAUGAUGCUGGUCAUUGAUGUGACCAAAGGGCUGCAGACUCAGUCAGCAGAGUGCCUCGUGAUUGGGCAGAUCGCCUGCCAGAAGCUGAUCGUGGUGCUAAACAAGAUAGACCUCUUGGUGGAGGGGAAGAGGCAGGCAGCAAUCGACAAAAUGACCAAGAAAAUGCAGAAGACCCUGGAGAACACCAAGUUCCGAGGUGCACCGAUUAUCCCCGUGGCGGCCAAGCCUGGGGGACCAGAGGCCCCCGAAACAGAAGCCCCCCAGGGCAUCUCGGAGCUCAUUGAGCUUCUGACGUCCCAGAUUUCCAUCCCAACGAGAGACCCCUCGGGACCAUUCCUCAUGUCCGUGGACCACUGUUUCUCCAUCAAAGGCCAAGGCACUGUGAUGACAGGGACCAUCCUCUCAGGCUCCAUCAGCCUCGGCGACAGUGUGGAGAUUCCUGCCCUCAAGGUGGUGAAGAAGGUGAAGUCCAUGCAGAUGUUUCACACGCCCGUCACCUCAGCCAUGCAGGGAGACCGACUGGGGAUCUGUGUCACCCAGUUUGACCCCAAGCUGCUGGAGCGUGGCCUGGUGUGUGCCCCUGAGUCCCUGCACACAGUCCACGCAGCCCUCAUCUCCGUGGAGAAGAUCCCGUAUUUCCGGGGGCCCCUGCAGACCAAGGCCAAGUUCCACAUCACAGUGGGCCAUGAGACCGUGAUGGGCCGCUUGAUGUUCUUCAGCCCUGCCCUCGAUAGCUUUGACUGCGAGCCUGUGCUGGACUCCUUUGACUUCUCUCGAGAAUACCUCUUCCAGGAGCAGUACCUGAGCAAUGAUCUGGCGCCAGCGGUGACAGACAGCGGCGAGGCUGACAAGGAGACGGGCCAGGCCACAGAAGGCCGCUGUCCUCGGCAGCAGUGGGCCCUCGUGGAGUUUGAGAAGCCCGUCACCUGUUCCCGGCUGUGCCUGGUGAUCGGCUCCAGGCUAGACACGGACAUUCACGCUAACACGUGCCGGCUGGCUUUCCAUGGCAUCUUGCUCCACGGGCUGGAGGACAAGGACUAUGCCGAGCGCUCCCUGCCUGGGUUGAGAGUGUACAAGCUCAAGCACAAGCAUGGCUUCGUGGAGCGGGUGAUGGACGACCACAGCGUGAUCGGCCGCUCCCUGUUCAAAAAGGAGACCAACAUUCAGCUCUUCGUGGGCCUCAAGGUGCACCUGUCCACCGGGGAGCUGGGGGUCAUUGACAGCGCCUUUGGCCAGAGUGGCAAGUUCAAGAUCCACAUCCCUGGUGGCCUCAGCCCUGAGUCCAAGAGGAUCCUGGCACCCACUGUCAAGAAGCGGGGCCGGGCCGGCAGAGGGGAAGCAGCCCAGCAGGAGGAGGCGGCCGAGCGGCCCGAGCCCACGCAGCAUGUGGCCCUCAGCCUGUCUUUCAAGCGUUACGUUUUCGACACCCACAAGCGCAUGGUGCAGUCUCCCUGAGGGGUCUGGUGACCUCCCCUAGGGCCACCUUGCCCCAGGCUGGGCUGUGAUGCCAAAUGUCCAACCAGAUGUGCCUCAACCUCCUUUAGUACCUCCUUCUCCCCAUGACUCUGGAGACACAGGCCCCCGAGCCUGGCACCGAGCCUGGGGGGUACAGGGGCGGUAUCACCAGUGCUGGGGCCAAGAAGGGCUGUUGCUCCACCCCAACAUCCUCUCCUCUACUACUGGUGGCCAGUGUCUCCUCGACAGCCACGUGAGGGCCUGGCACUUUCGGGCUACAAAUAAAUGUCCUGUGGUGCCUGCC